AUGGCUUCAAGAGAAAUAGAGGAUAAACCAAUUCUGUUUGAACCAGGGAAGAUCCCACUGUCGGCAUUCCCACACCGCGAUGUACUUACGCCGUGCAUCGAUGAUAUCCCUCGGUUCCUGUUCAGGGUGACCGGCCCGUGGAGCGCGGGUACCACCAGCACGAAGGAAGUGUGCUCACGAGCGUGGCUCAACAACCCCAGUGAAAAUUGCAAAGACUUGUUUGCAUACGACAAAGACUUCUCCCCGAGCCUUAUUGCACAAAAACUUGAAGAUCACCUCCUCUGCAUGCACAAGUUCGACUCCAACCUAGUUUCGUGGACCAGCUCUCUCCUGUUUGCAUUACACUACGCCGUGUACCGGUUCUACAUGAAGGGAAGCUUGGAAGACUUGUCAUUGUUAGUCGUCGAUACGACUCAGUUUCCAAAAGGCGCGUUCAUCCGCGACCUCGAAGCCAUUGACGCUUUCAAAAGCUACUCGACGAUUCCUUCAGACGUGGACGGUCUUCAGAGACUGUACGGCUGGCGAAGCACCAAUGCGUACUUUGGUGAAACUCUUUCGCAGGGGAGAUUACCUCUGAAUCCAGAGUUCUGCUCUAGUGUCUCUUUAAAAGAGCUCCGUGAUAGGGGACUCGUCCGUCUAAAUCCCGCUAUCUGGUACCGUGAUCUCCCGGCAACAUGGUGCGGGGCCGUACUCGUGCUGCGAGCGGAACUCCGAUCCUCGUCGCGGCGAAUGUUGGACUCCGACGUUUCCAGGGCCAUAGCCCUCGCAAAGAGCUUUCCGAAUCGCCGUUUCCAUGUCCCGAUGGCGUUCAUGUUUCUAAGCCUUUGUCCCCGACAAAUAGACGAAGAGGUUGCGCUUCUUUUUAGUAAGGUUUUACUUCAACCAGACGAGUUCACAAGUGGGUUAGCCCCAGAGCCCUUCAAGCUGGUUUACAGCUAA